UCGUUCAAAAGGCAUGUUGUUCUCCCCUCGCAGGCGGCAGAUCCCAGGCGUAGGGAAUGACUUGGCUGGUGGAGAAGAACCGGUCGUGGGCGGAAUGGGCCGUCGCGCGGAUCCUCGGGGUGGGCCCAGUGCCUCGCCACCUCGCGGUCAUUAUGGAUGGGAACAGGAGAUUCGCCCGCAAAGAGCAUCAGGACAUCUUGACCGGCCACACGCGAGGGUUCCACAAGUUGACGGAGGUUCUCAGUUGGUGUCGAGAUUUGGGGAUCAAUGAAGUGACCGCUUACGUGUUCAGCAUCGAGAACUUCAAGAGACCCAAGCAGGAGGUGGACGGGCUCAUGGACCUCGCCGUGGAGAAAUUUACAGAGCUCUUGGAAGAGAGAGAAAAGCUGGCAAAGCACGGGGUGUGUAUACGAGUGAUCGGGAACGUGACCCUGCUUCCAGAGCGAGUGCAGCGGUGGGUGGCAGAGGCCGUCUUAACAACGAAAGACAAUGACAAGUGUUUCCUUAACUUGGCACUUGCCUACACUUCGAGAGAGGAGAUAGGCACCGCCAUGGGAGAGCUCUGCCGGGGCGUUUCCGAAGGCCAACUCCAGGCCAGUGACAUAUCCGAAGAGCUGCUUGAGAAGUGCCUCUACACCAGAGGGAUGCGUGAUCCAGACCUGUUGAUCCGAACGUCGGGGGAAGUUCGGCUGUCAGACUUCUUGCUGUGGCAGAGUGGCUUUUCCUGUCUGUUCUUCGCAAAGGUCCUGUGGCCAGAACUGACAAUCUGGCAUUUAUUCGGAGCCAUAUUUUACUACCAGCGGCACUACCACACCUUGACUGAGGCCCGUCGGGAGAGUCUGAACGUGAGGCAGCGUAUGGUUGAGGAAUCGGAUAUCGACGUCUGCCAUGCAAAAUUCGGGGAGAAGGUUACAGCGGAACACAUAGCUGCCCAGACUUCUUCAAGAACCGAGAGGACAGAUGCAUUUUUACAGGACUUAAGUGAGAGAAGAGUUAACUAUUUAAAGGAGAUUUGUACAUAAUGUGAAUAAAAUAUAUUCUUGAAAUUUCA